UGCCCAGCGCGGCCUCGCGCACGCGCUCUCUGCAGCCUCCCUUGACCUCUGACCUGCCGGCCGCCCUUGAUCCGCGGCCUCGGGGCCAGGAAGCGGAGCCCCGAGGCAGAGCUGCCAUGGCCAAGUACCUGGCCCAGAUCAUUGUGAUGGGGGUGCAGGUGGUGGGCAGGGCCUUCGCCCGGGCCUUGCGGCAGGAGUUUGCAGCCAGCCGCGCAGCAGCUGAUGCCCGGGGACGCGCUGGACACCAGUCUGCAGCCGCGUCCAACCUCUCCGGCCUCAGCCUCCAGGAGGCACAGCAGAUUCUCAACGUCUCCAAGCUGAGCCCCGAGGAGGUCCAGAAGAACUACGAACACUUAUUUAAGGUGAAUGAUAAAUCCGUGGGUGGUUCCUUCUACCUGCAGUCAAAGCUCCAGCGGGCCCAGCCAGUCAGGCUGUGUCAUCCUGGACCGCGGCCCUCCCAGCAGCUGGGACUUUGAAGCAGCAGGAGCACCAGCUGGUGAUAUGUGGUCCGAGCGAAGGAGCGCCUGGAUGAGGAACUCAGAAUCCAGGCCCAGGAGGACAGAGAGAAAGGGCGGACACCCAAGACGUGACUGCUCAGCUCCCCCCGUGCUACCCCGCCACCUCUAAUUUAUAGCUCAGUAAUAAAUGUCUUUUCUGCA